GGCGAUACUACUGCCUACGGGAAGUAUGAACGUGGCGGUAUUGCCCAACAGGUGAAAAUGCCGAAAGUCUUAGCAUUUAAACCUCUGGCUGAGUCGAUUAGAGAACCAGAGUUUUUGAUCACUGAUUUUGCUAAGUUUGAACAUCCUGCACAGUUGCAUAUUGCUUUCAAUGCUUUGCAUAAGUAUCAAGAGAAGUUUAAUAGAUUACCGAAGCCAUGGUGUGCAGAAGAUGCAGAGGAAUUUUUAGCUAUUGCUAAAUCAGUCGCUGUUGACGGUGGUAAUGAUACAGAAGUCAAUAGUCAGCUGUUGGAGACUUUCGCGAAGGUUUCUUCUGGGGAUUUGAAUCCGAUGAAUGCGACGAUCGGUGGAAUUGUCGCACAGGAAGUGAUGAAGGCUUGUUCGGGUAAAUUCCAUCCGGUUUUCCAAUGGUUAUACUUCGAUGCAAUCGAAUGUCUGCCAGAGGAUAAGGAGGAGAUUACUGAGGAAACUGCGGCGCCCAUUGGGUCAAGAUACGACGCACAGAUUGCUGUUUUUGGGAGGGAUUUCCAGAAAAAGCUUGGUGCAUUAAAGUACUUUGUUGUUGGUGCCGGUGCAAUCGGCUGCGAAUUACUCAAGAAUUUCGCUAUGAUGGGAGUCGCUGGGGAUGGUGGACAACUUACUGUUACUGAUAUGGACCUCAUUGAGAAGAGUAACCUCAAUAGACAGUUUUUGUUCAGGCCGCAUGAUGUACAACGUGCCAAAUCAGCAACUGCAGCAAAGGUUAUAAAAUCGAUGAACCCAUCAAUAAACAUA